AUGGACUCCAUUCAAUCCACCAUCGCAAUUGUUUCUCUUGCCCCUCAAGAUGGCAAGAGGAAUUGGAAGCUUCAGCAACUCCAGCUACGAGAGCCUGAUGAAACUGAGGCUAUCGUGGAAAUGGUCGCUUCGGGAGUCUGCCAUACUGAUCUAGGCUGUGGAACCGACCCUGAUGGAACGCCAGGAUUUCCUGUUCCUCCCUACCCACGCGUUUUGGGUCAUGAAGGCGCUGGUUAUGUCCGGGCUGUUGGCUCAAAGGUCACCAAGGUCAAGCCUGGCGAUGCCGUUCUCCUCUCUUUUGCGUUCUGCAGGCAAUGCCACAACUGCAAAUUCGGCGCUCCUGGCUACUGUCACGAAUUCACGGCCCUCAACUUCUCAGGCUCUCAGGAGGCUUUUCAUAUUUCGAAGCCUGCCACUCAGAAAGUUGGGGGUUCUUUCUUUGGACAGUCGAGCUUUGCGAAGCUCACGCGUGUCCAAGAAACGUCUCUUGUGAAUGUCACCGACUUAAUUACACAUCCGGAAGAUUUGAAGUUGUUUGCACCUCUGGGUUGCGGUAUACAGACCGGCUCAGGCACUAUUACUGAACUAGCGGCUGCGAAACCAGAUGACAAGGUUGCCAUUAUGGGCUUGGGCGGCGUUGGUCUGGCGGCCAUUAUGGGUGCGAAACUAAGGGGCUGCAAAACCAUCAUCGGCAUCGAUCGGGUCCCUGCAAGAAUCGAGAUGGCAAAGCGACUCGGAGCAACCCAUGGCAUAGACACUUCAUCAAUCACCAAUCUUGGCGACGAGGUUCGCAAGAUCACAGAGGGAUCAGGUAGUACAAUCACUGUUGACGCAACUGGUGUAAUGCCCUUAAUCCAGCAAGGUCUUGAUUUCACCGCCAACCAGGGUAAGAUGGUUCUUCUCGGUGUUGCACCAAUGACAGCUGGGUUGGAGAUCUCGGUUGUUCCCUUCAUGGUUACGGGCAAGCAGCUUAUGGGUAGUAUGGAAGGCGGUGUGCUUCCUGAGGAUUACAUCCCUCGCAUGAUACGGUGGUUGCAGAAGGGCCAAUUUCCGAUAGAGCGUCUUAUCAAGUUUUAUCCAGUUGAGGAGUUUGAAAAGGCGAUUCAUGAUAUGGAGAACGGGUCUACGAUUAAACCUGUGUUGAUUUGGUAA